AUGGAUCAUUUCGAGUUGAUGCCGAAGAUCAUUGAGACAGGAGCUGUUGAGGUACCAACCUGGCGCUUAAUGAGAUACUCCGAUGGGAAACAGAUUGUUGCCAGGCCCGGUGCUUCCUGGUUGAAAAGGCACUUUGGUCAGACUUGGUAUGUCGUACAUCGUGCCGACUAUCAGAAAGUGUUGUUAGCUGAAGCCAAGAGACUUGGUGCUAUUAUUCACUUGAAUGCAGAGGUCACUUCAGUGGAUGUCUUGACUACUUCUGUUCUCCUUGCUUCUCAAAAAAGAAUUUACGCCGAUAUCAUCAUUGGCGCUGAUGGACUGCAUUCGGUCACUCGCUCCGAACUACUUGGGAGCCGCUCUAGGCCUAUUGAAACUGGAGAUCUCGCAUAUCGCACGAUCAUCCCAAAAGCAUGCCCUGACGAUUUGCCUUCUCAGACCCUAAAGACGCCGGGAGAUUUGAAGGAAAUGCUCGGUCUAUUCCAUGGGUGGGAUCCCAGGCUUGGGAAGCUUUUAGAGCAUGUCGAGGAUGUCACAAAAUGGAAGAUUCUUCACAUGCCUGAGCUUGACACCUGGCAUAAAGGCUCGGUUACACUGCUGGGAGAUGCUUGUCAUCCUACGCUCCCGUAUCAAGCUCAAGGCGCUGCCAUGGCCGUCGAAGAUGGUGCAACAUUGGGGACCCUACUCGGCGAGUUCUGUCGCUUUCGACAAUUUCAAAGACCAGAGAAGAAUGUGACUAUUGCAAUUCCGGAUGUACUUGAAUUAUAUGAGCUUACUCGUAAGAAAACAACAACACUGAAUGUGCAAGGGGCUAUCGAGAAUCGUCUUCUAUAUCAUAUGGAAGAUGGCUCAGAAUGCGACGAAAGGAACAAGAAAUUGGCCGCGAUUGACUGGGAUAGUAAAGAUUUGACAGGCUUUGAAUGGAGUUGGGGUAACGUGAGCUACCUUGAGAAGCUUAUGGGUUGCGAUCCUAUCGAGGAUGCAAAAGCGCAAUUUCGGCGAAGAGUCUUAUCUAGUCGCAUGUAA